AAAAGGGAUCACAGUUCCUGAGGUUCGAGACUCACCCAGUGUUCCUUGUACAGCCAUGGCCAAGCAGUUCUGGGCCUCCUGUCUUUUCCCACUGUUUCUAGCUGCCUUGUCUCAGAGUACUCUGAAUCCUCAGAAAACAAAGGUGGAUUGCGACAAAGGGGUGGCUGGCACCAUCUAUGAGUAUGGAGCCAAGACCCUGAACGGUGGGGAGUAUGUCCAGUUCCAGCAGUAUGCAGGAAAGCACAUCCUCUUUGUCAACGUGGCAUCCUUCUGUGGCCUGACAGCUACUUAUCCCGAACUGAACACAUUGCAGGAGGAGCUGAGGCAGUUCAAUGUCGUUGUUUUGGGCUUUCCUUGCAACCAGUUUGGAAAACAAGAACCUGCCAAAAAUUCAGAGAUCCUCCAUGGACUCAAAUAUGUGCGGCCAGGAGGUGGCUAUGUCCCCAAUUUCCAGCUCUUUGAGAAAGGGGAUGUGAAUGGAGAAAACGAACAAAAGUUUUUUUCUUUCCUAAAGAACUCCUGCCCUCCCACCUCUGAACUUUUGGGAUCUACAGAAUAUCUCUUCUGGAAUCCCAUGAAGGUCCAUGACAUCCGCUGGAACUUUGAGAAGUUCCUGGUGGGGACUGACGGGGUCCCUGUCAUGCGCUGGUUCCACAUGACUCCUGUUAGCACCGUCCAGUCAGACAUCAUGGAGUACCUAAACCAAACCCGUACCCAGUAGGAUAUGCCUCACACAUAAUGUCUUUGCUCCACUCCAUCACCAGCCUCCAGAUGACCAAAGCAUGCAACACUACCUGCGUCCCUACUAAUGCAUGCGUGAACAGCUCUGUAUGAAUGUAUACAGACGGUCUCUGUGGUAGGCAUGUACAUGCAUUGAAAAUUAAGUCAAAGAGAAUCUAUAUACCCAAAUGUCUGACUCUGCCAUGUCAAGUUUUCCUAAUCUAUUCCAAAAGGAAGUCAUAUUUUAGAGUUGAUGAUCCAGACAAUCCCAUUCAUCUAAAAAAGCAACCCCUCAAGGGUCCUAAUCUAUCACUCCCUGUCUCGAUGAGUUAAAGGAAGUGGAAAUGGGUAGCAAGGCCCUUUGGGUUCCCUUCCCAGCCUCCUCUCUGCUCAAGCUGGGCGUGCUUUGUCAAGCUUUUCUGUCUAGCCCCUUUGGUAGCACACCAUCCUUUAGUUUUCUUAGGGGAUUCUGAAGGCUGAGAGCAGAAACCUUACCUGGCAGGAAGGGAGGGCCAUCUCUACCCUGGUAGGCCCCAAGGCCCCUCUGGAUGAGACCCUACCAGAGCCUUCCUAGGUGCCUUUCUGCUCGUGAACUUGGGUUCUGGCUCCUGGUCACAGAUGUCCUUCACACCAAAUGAUGCAUUUCACUCUCACCCUGACUCUUCCCAACUUUAAAUUUCUCCCUAUUAACACUGUCUCGUGAUAAUCAUCAAUAAAUAAUCAAAGAACCAGCA